CUGACAGCGCUUGCCUUCGAGCCCGACGUGCUCAUCGUAUUUAGAUUGACUCCUUCGGCUCUCCGUUUUCCUUCUCUAAGGGAGGGGUGGGACUUCCUGUUUUAUCUCCGAGCGGCUUCCGGCAAGAGCUGAUGGGUUAAAAACAAGACAGCACAUAAGCCUGCCAGCCACUCGGAUAAAAAACAAGGAACUCGACCUGGAUCUUACUAAACCAGUUCCAAGAUUCUGUUUUUCGGCUGUGGCAUCCGGCGCUGCAUCCACGACGGAGUCGCCCUGGAUGUCACCGGAAGUCCUUCAACGGAGAAACAGGAUGUCCCGCCUCUUCCUCCCAAAGGGAAGACGGUGAGCCGGAGGAGUCAGUCAGAGGGGCGAGCAGGAGCGAUUCCGUCGCCAAACAGGUUAUGAGUGCCAGCGAGCCUCCUUGGAUAGAAGCAUCGUCAGCACUUUAUUAAUGAUGGAUAGUGAGAAUAAACCUGAAAACGACGAGGAUGGAAAGAUAAACAAAGAAGCACAGGACUUGACAAAGCUUUCAUCCCAUAAUGAAGAUGGUGGGCCUGUGUCUGAUGUGACAGCAAGUUUCCCUGAGAAUUCUAUGGGCAAAAGAGGUUUUUCAGGAUCAUCGAACUUUGAUAGUGUUGUUAUAGGAGAAGACAUAAAUACACAUGCUUCCAAACGUAGGAGAUUAGAUGAGGCAGAGCCCCUUAAAUCUGGAAAGCAAGGUGUUUGUCGAUUAGAAACUUCUGAGAGCUCAGUCACAGAAGAGGGUAUUGCAUUAGAUGAAACAGGAAAGGAGACCUUUCUGAGCGACGGCACAGUUGGAGGCACGUGUCACCCAAAUGCCCUUUCCCCUUCUUGCAAUUUUAGCACUAUUAAUGUUGUUUCUCUGAAAACAGACACUGAAAAAACAUCUGCUCAGGAAAUGGUUUCCCUUGAUCUGGAAAGAGAAUCGCCUUUCCCCCUGAAAGAAAUUAGUGUUAGUUGUACCAUGGGGAAUGUAGAUCCAGUUCUCAAGUGCAGCAUCUGUGGGCAUUUGUUUUCUUCUUGCUCUGACUUGGAAAAACAUGCUGAGUCUCACGUGCAGCAGUCUAAGGAACAUACCUGUUGUCACUGCAGCCACAAAGCAGAGAGCAGCUCAGCGCUACAUAUGCAUAUCAAACAAGCACAUGGGCCACAGAAGGUCUUUUCUUGCGAUCUUUGUGGUUUUCAGUGUGCAGAAGAAAACCUGUUGAAUGCACAUUAUCUUGGCAAAACACAUCUCCGUCGUCAGAAUCUGGCUGCUCGUGGAGGAUUUGUACAGAUCUUAACAAAACAACCUUUUCCUAAAAAAUCAUGUACAGUGGCAACAAAAAAUGUUCACUCAAAACCAAGAACUUCUAAACCAAUAGCAAAGAAUAGUGAUUCAAAAGGAUUACAAAAUGUGGGAAGCAAAUUUAAAGAUUUCAGAGGAAGUAUUUCUAAACAAAGUGGUAGUAGCAGUGGGCUUCUUGUUGAAAUGAUGCCUUCCAGAAAUACUUCGUCACAGGAAGUAGAGAUUGUUGAAGAAAAUGUUACUUCCCUUGGUGUAGGUCAGAAUCCUGAAAACCAGAGUAAAAAGCUAGACACCUUAAUAACCUCAGAGGGUCUCUUAGAGAACUUGGAAUCUACCAAAAAUACCCUGCAGGCAGCAGCACACGGUGUCAGUGUAACCUCGAGGCCAAGACCCGAGCGAAAUAUUCUCAUGUUGGGUAAUAGCUUUCGUCGACGAAGCAGCACUUUCACCUUGAAGGGCCAGGCAAAGAAAAGGUUUAAUCUUUUGGGAAUUAAAAGAGGCACAAGUGAAACUCAGAGGAUGUAUAUGAAACACUUGAGAACACAGAUGAAAACACACGAUGCAGAGUCAGUGCUGAAACACCUGGAAGUGAGCAGCAGCGUACAGAGACUGUGUGUGACUACCUCAGAAACCCAGGAGGUGGAGCAGGGCCGGGGAAGCGCCCGUCCUCUGAACUCCGGGCUGGACUCCCUGACAGUGAAGCCAGCUUCUGACUGUCAGACGUUGUGUGCUUGUACGGACUGUGGGCAAGUAGCUACAAAUAGGACAGAUUUGGAAAUCCAUGUGAAAAGGUGCCAUGCCAGAGAGAUGAAAUUUUACUGCCAUACUUGUGACUUUUCUAGUAUGUCAAGAAGGGACUUAGAUGAACAUUUGCACAGUAACCAGCAUCAGCAAACUGCUUCUGUCCUGAGUUGUCAGUGUUGUUCAUUUAUAUCCUUGGAUGAAAUGAGUCUUAGAGACCACAUGAAGGAAAAGCACAAUAUGCAUUUUCUUUGCACCCCUUGUAACUUGUUCUUUUUGUCUGAAAAAGACAUGGAAGAACACGAAGCCACUGAGAAGCAUCUUAGUUCAUUGGUUCAACCAAAGACUUUGCAAUCAUCUAACAGUGAUUUGGUUCUACAGACUUUACCUUUAAGUACUUUAGAAUCAGAAAACUCAAAAGAGUCUAUGGAUGACUCAGGAAAAGCAUCUCAGGAAGAACCUGUGAAGUCCAGGGUAAGCCAUGGUAACGAAGUGAGGCAUUCCAGUAAGCCUCAGUUUCAGUGUAAGAAGUGUUUUUAUAAGACAAGAUCUUCUACUGUUCUCACGAGACAUAUAAAGCUUCGGCAUGGGCAAGACUAUCAUUUUCUUUGUAAAGCUUGUAAUCUUUAUUCAUUGAGCAAAGAAGGAAUGGAGAAACACAUUAAAAGAAGCAAGCAUCUUGAAAAUGCUAAGAAAAAUAAUAUUGGCUUAAGCUUUGAAGAAUGUAUUGAAAGGGUAUGUAUAGGUGCAAAUGAUAAAAAAGAAGAGUUUAAUGUUUCUGGAAAUGGAAGGAUUGAAGGCCAUGUAGGUGUGCAAUUACAAGAGCAUUCUUAUCUUGAGAAGGGCAUGCUGGCGCCUGAGGAACUGUCGCAGUCUGGUGGUAGCGCCAAAGAUGAUGAAUUAGCUUCGACCACUACUCCAAAGAGAGGGAGACCUAAAGGUAACAUCUCACGGACGUGUUCACACUGUGGUCUUUUGGCCUCUAGUAUUACAAACUUGACUGUUCACAUUAGGCGAAAACACAGUCACCAGUAUAGUUAUUUAUGCAAAGUGUGUAAGUAUUACACUGUGACUAAGGGAGAUAUGGAACGUCAUUGUGCCACCAAGAAACAUAAAGGACGGGUAGAAAUAGAAGCAAGUGGAAAACACAGUUCGGAUAUCAUUGUUGGCCCUGAAGGGGGUAGCCUUGAAGCUGGUAAGAAGAAUGCUGGCUCAGCAGUGACCAUGUCAGAUGAACAUGUUAACAAACCCGCUGAGUCACCCACCUCUGUUUUACAAAAGCCAGAUCAUGGAAACUCAGUUGAAGCCGAAGUUGAAAAUGUAUUUCAUUCUCUAGAUGGAGAAGUUAACAGCCAUCUUCUUGAUAAAAAGGAGCAAAUAUCUUUAGAGCCAGAGGACUUCGCCCAGCAGGGGGAUGUGUACUCCCAGAGAGAUGUUACAGGCACAGGUGAGAAUAAGUGUGUGCACUGUGAGUUUAGUGCUCACUCCUCUGCUUCUCUAGAGCUGCAUGUAAAACGGAAACAUACAAAAGAGUUUGAGUUUUAUUGCAUGGCAUGCGAUUACUACGCGGUGACUCGUCGCGAGAUGACCAGGCACGCUGCAACAGAGAAACACAAAAUGAAAAGGCAGUCUUAUCUCAACUCUGCUAAUGUAGAAGCAGGUUCUGCAGACAUGUCCAAAAACAUCAUUAUGCCUGAAGAAGAGCAUCAACAAAAUUCUGAGGAAUUUCAGAUAAUUUCAGAUCAACCAUCUGAUACUCUUAAAUCUAGAAAUGCUGCAGAUUGCUCUAUUUUAAAUGAGAAUACUAAUUUAGAUAUGUCUAAAGUGCUCUGCGCUGCUGACUCUGUAGAAGUUGAGACUGAAGAAGAAUCUAAUUUCAAUGAAGACCAUUCCUUUUGUGAGACUUUCCAACAGGCUCCUGUCAAGGAUACAGUUAGGAAACCUGAGGAGAUGAUGUCCCUUACUAUUUCCUCAAACUGUGGCUCCCCAAGCAGAUUUCAAAAUGAAAAUUCAGGAAGCUCCGCUUUAAAUUGUGAGAUAGCAAAGAAAAACCACGAGGUAUCAAAUGAUGCAGGUGAGCUGCCUGUCCAUUGUGAGGGUGAAGGAGGAAGCGCAGGAGGUGGCGGACUUGUUGUCCCCCACAGACACCUGUGCCCUGCACCGCUCGAUGGGGAGCGCUCGGCUGAAAGCCCUGCGCUUGUUGUGACAAGAAUAACCAGAGAACAGGGAAAUCUGGAGAGCGGGGGUCAGAACAAAGUUGCACGUGGUCAUGGUUUGGAAGACCUGAAAGGUGUCCAAGAAGAUCCCACUCUGGAGAAUAAGGAAAUUCUGAUGAAUUCACAAGAUGAAACAGAAAUUAUUUUGGAGGAGGAUGGCCCAGCUUCUGAUAGCACAGUUGAAAGUAAUGACGUCUAUGAAACUAUCAUUAGUAUUGAUGAUAAAGGGCAGGCCAUGUACAGUUUUGGCCGGUUUGAUUCCUCCAUAAUAAGAAUAAAGAACCCUGAAGAUGGUGAGUUGAUAGACCAGUCUGAAGAGGGCUUGAUAGCAACCGGAGUGAGAAUUAGUGAACUGCCCUUGAAAGACUGUGCUCAAGGUGUGAAAAAGAAGAAAUCUGAAGGCACUUCCCUUGGUGAGUCUACACGAAUUCGCUGUGACGAUUGUGGCUUCUUAGCAGAUGGACUGAGUGGACUGAACGUUCACAUAGCCAUGAAGCAUCCUACUAAAGAGAAGCACUUCCAUUGUUUACUCUGUGGAAAGUCAUUCUAUACCGAAAGCAACCUUCACCAGCAUCUGGCUAGUGCCGGCCACAUGAGAAAUGAGCAGGCCAGUGUGGAAGAGCUUCCGGAGGGAGGGGCCACCUUUAAAUGUGUCAAGUGCACAGAGCCCUUUGAUUCUGAACAGAAUUUAUUUCUACAUAUUAAAGGACAGCAUGAGGAAUUGCUACGGGAGGUGAAUAAGUAUAUAGUGGAAGACACUGAGCAAAUCAACCGCGAGAGGGAGGAAAACCAGGGAAACGUCUGCAAGUAUUGUGGGAAGAUGUGUCGAAGCAGCAACUCAAUGGCCUUCCUGGCACACAUUCGCACUCAUACAGGAUCAAAACCAUUCAAGUGCAAGAUAUGCCAUUUUGCAACAGCUCAGCUUGGAGAUGCCAGAAACCAUGUGAAAAGGCACCUUGGGAUGAGGGAAUACAAGUGUCAUGUCUGUGGGGUUGCUUUUGUGAUGAAGAAGCACUUAAAUACUCAUUUACUAGGCAAGCAUGGAGUUGGCACCCCAAAAGAAAGGAAAUUUACAUGCCACUUAUGUGAUAGAAGUUUCACAGAGAAGUGGGCCCUGAACAACCACAUGAAACUCCACACGGGAGAAAAGCCGUUUAAAUGUACCUGGCCCACGUGCCAUUACUCAUUCCUCACAGCCUCCGCAAUGAAAGACCACUACAGGACGCACACAGGCGAGAAGUCGUUUCUGUGUGACCUCUGCGGCUUUGCCGGCGGGACCCGCCACGCCCUCACCAAGCAUCGCCGGCAGCACACAGGAGAAAAACCUUUCAAAUGCGAUGAGUGUAACUUUGCCUCCACAACUCAGUCCCAUUUGACUCGGCACAAACGUGUACACACUGGAGAAAAGCCCUACAGAUGCCCCUGGUGUGACUACAGGUCAAACUGUGCUGAAAAUAUCCGCAAACACAUUCUGCAUACUGGCAAACACGAAGGAGUCAAGAUGUACAACUGUCCCAAGUGUGACUAUGGGACCAACGUCCCUGUGGAGUUCCGGAACCAUCUGAAGGAACAGCAUCCUGACAUCGAAAACCCAGACCUCGCUUACCUGCAUGCUGGCAUUGUUUCCAAGUCCUACGAGUGCCGUCUGAAGGGACAAGGAGCCACCUUUGUGGAGACAGACAGCCCCUUCACCGCGGCAGCCCUGGCAGAAGAGCCCCUUGUCAAGGAGAAACCCCUCAGAAGCAGCAGGAGGCCGGCGCCGCCCCCCGAGCAGGUGCAGCAGGUCAUCAUCUUCCAGGGCUACGACGGGGAGUUUGCCCUGGACCCCUCUGUGGAGGAGACGGCCGCCGCCACGCUGCAGACGCUGGCCAUGGCUGGCCAGGUGGCCCGGGUGGUACACAUCACAGAGGACGGCCAGGUCAUCGCCACGAGUCAGAGCGGGGCACACGUAGGCAGCGUGGUGCCCGGGCCCAUCCUUCCCGAGCAGCUGGCUGAUGGAGCCACCCAGGUGGUCGUCGUGGGAGGCUCCAUGGAAGGCCACGGCAUGGAUGAGUCCCUCAGUCCAGGUGGCACUGUGAUACAACAGGUGACCAAGCAGGAGAUUUUAAACCUCUCGGAGGCUGGAGUCGCUCCCCCCGAGGCAUCCUCAGCCCUGGAUGCGUUGCUCUGUGCGGUCACUGAAUUAGGGGAGGUGGAGGGCAGGGCUGGACCCGAGGAGCAAGGCAGGCCUGGCCCCAAAGACGUGCUGAUCCAGCUGCCCGGCCAGGAGGUCUCCCAUGUGGCUGCCGACCCUGAGACCCCCGAGAUCCAGAUGUUCCCACAGGCCCAGGAGAGCCCGGCUGCCGUGGAGGUGCUCACCCAGGUGGUGCAUCCCUCAGCAGCCAUGGCCUCUCAGGAGCGGGCACAGGCGGCCUUCAAGAAGAUGGUCCAGGGCGUCCUCCAGUUUGCUGUGUGUGACACGACCGCGGCCGGCCAGUUGGUCAAGGACGGUGUCACCCAGGUGGUGGUGAGCGAGGAGGGUGCCGUCCACAUGGUGGCCGGGGAGGGUGCCCAGAUCAUCAUGCAGGAGGCGCAGGGCGAGCACAUGGAUCUGGUGGAGUCCGACGGGGAGAUCUCGCAGAUCAUCGUGACGGAGGAGCUGGUCCAGGCCAUGGUGCAGGAGUCCAGCGGCGGCUUCUCCGAGGGCGCCACGCACUACAUCGUGACAGAGCUGCCCCCAGGGGUGCAGGACGAGCCGGGUCUGUACUCUCACACCGUGCUGGAGACUGCAGACUCGCAGGAACUCCUGCAGGCCGGAGCCACGCUGGGCACGGAGGCCGGGGCCCCAAGCAGGGCAGAGCAGCUGGCCAGCGUGGUCAUCUACACCCAGGAGGGCUCCCCGGCCGCAGCAGCGAUUCAGAGCCAAAGAGAAAGCAGCGAACUCCAGGAAGCGUGAGAUGCGCAGCACCUUUACUCAGCACAGGGCAGGUUGGGCAGGUCCAGCUUCGGUGGGGGGCUGUGUUUCCUGAGCUUCAUCUGAAACCUUCAAAACCGUGAGGACGAGGCUCCCAUGAGCCCUGAGCGUGCACUUCCAGCGAGAGUCACACCGGCCACUAGCCAGGCGUCCACAGAGGGUACCGUGGGCAGGGCCUCGGGGAGCAGGCUGCCGGGUGCAUGGGAGGGCCGGGCGCAGGCCGCACAGGGAGCCCUGGUCCACUGGGGCCCUUCAGCCAGUGGCCUCCGCCUUUGUCCUGGCCGUUGUGCUGAAGGGAAGCCAAGUGUUGGCGGUGGGUUUUUCUCUCACAGGUGUUUUCCGUUUCAGUUAUCAUGGAGGUCAUGGCCGUGGGGAAAGUGGUGAAGAUCCCCCUCGUGGCUUGGGGUGCGCCUGCUCGUGCAGUCAGCAUGUAGCUGCCUUUACAUUUCAUUCUCUACUGGGCUAAAAAUUGCAGCUACAAGUGUUACCGUCUCGAAGCAGUCUACUUCCAUCAUUUUUUUUUUAAUUUUAGAAUAACAGUGUCCCCAGACCAAAGGAAGCCUGCUAGCUCAUUUCAUGUAUAAAUUUCCCAUCUGCAGACAGUUUAGGUGUAUUCGUUGCUCUGGUCACGUUCUGCAUAAAAGAAAUCCUCUUAAGCCUAUGGUUAAGAAAAGCCUUGAAGUUUAUAUUCAGUUAAAAUAUAUGUUGGUGAAGAUAGCCAGUGCUUCUAAUUUUGACUUAGUUUCAUACAAUAAAGCCUAUAUGUGAAAUGCGCACUCUGGAAGAUAUUGUUCGUAUCAGUAUUUUGCUUUUUAUAACAAGGGUUUGUUCAUAUUGAUACCAUUUUUGCAGGAUUUCUUCGUGAUUUCUGUCCAUUUGAAAAUGCUGACAUUAAACAUUAACACAUGGAGGCUGUGCCCUGUGGCCCUGCCGUGGCCGCCAGCAUGGUCUGUGUUUCCUUGUGGAUUCACUGCAACUGUCGGAUGCGAGUUUCUGUCGCAAUCAUUUGUUUCCUGAUACAAUUGCUCUUAUUCUUUUCCAAAACUGUAAAAUAAUCUCCUCCCUCAAAUGCAAAGGUUGUUUUUGUUCUGUUUCUGUUUUCUUUGAAAUAAAAUUAUAGCAUUAAAAGAUCAUUAUGGCAUGUUAUUUUCAGCAGCCAGUGGUGGGCAGCUGUGGCAACAGAGGGGCACCCCGGCGCUCGUGGCUGCUGGCUUCUCCCUCCUUCGUGGCCUCCAGACGCCGUGGAGCGCUGCCGCGCGUCCCCUGCAGCCCGAUACUGUUUCUCAGCGUCUAGCAAAUGGCCCAGAUGCAUUCUGGUGACAGUAACAUACUCUAUCAUGGAUAGCAUCUAGAAAUUGAGAAGAGCAGACAUGAGAGGAAAGGAGAAUGGUACCUUCUUUGUUUAAAUACAAGCGCCGUUUAAAAUCUUUUCCUGAGAGAGCAUGGAGACCAGCUCACGCUUUGGCCAGUUCAGAAGCGGAACCGGCCUCUUCCUAGCACCCUUCUCACUGCUGAGCUCUGUCCACUCUAGGACCACCUCCCUUUAGACAGCCGCCCCUCCAAAAAAAUGAGAACUGAAGGUAAAAUUUCGAGGCUGACACUGAGAUCCAUAAUUAGCUGAGUAUGACUUCCUCAUGUUUCUUAACAAUGGCAGGGCUAUUCAGGGCUUCUGAAACACUGUCUUCAGCAAACAGUGACAGGAUCAAGGUGACCUUUACAAAGUGAUGGCCCUCGCCAGGUUUCUCAUACACGUUUAAAAAAAAAAAAAAAAAAAGUGGGGGGGAUGUUUUUCAGUGGAAAUAUUUCUUCUUGAUCACUCCUCCCGUUAGCGGUAGCCCACGGUCCUCAGCUCGGAUGCUAAUUCCUGACCGUGCGUAGUCCUGUAUGGCUAACCUUUCUGCUGCAGUCCGGGGUGUUGACACUGACAUGCUGCAGUUUACCGUCGGUGAUUUAUUUAGGGUAAAUAUGUCUCAGGUGGCAUUUAAUCCUUCAUAAAACCAGUGUAGCCUGCAGUGUCAAACCAGCAAUCACGUUGUAUGCACAAUGAAAAGAGCAGGCCUUUGCAUAAAAAAAAAUUGUACAGAAGGUGUUUCUAGGCUCAAAAGGAUUUCGGAGGCUUCACUAAGCCAUUGUAUCCUGUAAUUACCCAUAGAGCUAGGUUAAUGUUAACCUCUCUUUUCUCUCUCAUUACACAACUAUUGGAAUGUAAGGGGGUUUAAGAAGCACAUACACAAAUGUGUGCCUCAGAAUAAUGAGGCAUAGCAGGUUUUGUGAGCAAGGGACAUUCAUUGUGGCGUGGAUUGUCUAUAAAAAAGACAAGAAGCUUAUAACUUUCCUUGUGAUUUUUGCCAGAGUAUAUGACAGAACUUUAAAGUUUCUUUAAAAAAAAAAAAAAGGCAAAUGAAAUAUUUACUUGGAGACUAAUCCAGAAAGGCCACUUUGGUAUUAAGCUGCAGCCAAUUAGACGACGGAGCCUCAAGGACGUCUGGCAUGCAAGGAAGACCAGACCGCCCAAGGCAGCAAUGGAAAUGGUUCAUACCUCAGCUUCCAUGGCGGAAGUCGAGCAGCGCUCUCUGUAUAUGCUGGACAGUAACAACGCAAGAGAGCGGUUUCCAUACAAAGGAAGUUGUAGCCACGUGAGGUCACGUUCGUGAAAUAGGCUCAAACAUGCAUCAUUCUGGGAUGCAUGGGCCUACCAAGCAGUUGACGUGGAAGGAGCAGGGGAAGAUGCUCUCCUAAAAUAUGUCCCAUGCACCGCGGAAUAAGCAGGCAAGCUCGUGUCACCUGAUACGGAGAUCCUUUUCGCUACAUGGUUUGAAGAACCAGGUGAAUGUGCCCAGAUUCUGUCAGUGCAGCACUGGAAGCCCCACUGCCAUUUACAAGGUUCUGUCAGGGCGGUGCUCGAAGCCCCACUGCCAUUUAAAAGGUUCUGUCGGCAGCGCUGGAAGCCCCGCUGCCAUUUAUAAGCUCCGUUCAGAAAUGGGACCCCGGAGUAUCGCAGAAAAACCAGAGCUGGACAGUAGUUGGAAAGGUAAAACCCAGAUUUUAUUCAGGAAAAUGGCAGGGGGGAAAAGACCUGGACACAGAACUGGGCUCGGUUCUGAAUACAGUAGCAAGCGAAGGUUUACAGCCAAGAAGUGGGGGCAGGCACCGAUGGAUGGAAGAUGACUGAAAGGUCGCACAGGGGAAGGGGAUUCUGCCCAAACCCACAGGACUGGAUUCUUGCUGAAGCCAGGCCAGGGCCAUCAGAUUCCACCUGAGGUGGAGGGGGCGUGAUGGGCUGAGGAACCUGGUUAGAUCUCAAGGGUGAGCAGACAUGGAGGGUUAAGGUUAGGGUUCUCGCCAGGGUUUCUGGCUGAACCGAUUUGGCAGGGUUCUUGCUGGAACUAGAUUUUACAAGGAAGUGCACAGAUGGGAAAGUUCGGCCAACCAAAGCUCAUCAAAAGUCCUAGGAGUUGGACGGGGAGGAAUCCUGGUCAUCUCUACCCAAGUCCUGGUCGUCUCUACCCGAUCCCCUCGUAGGGCACAGCGAGGCCUUCGCAGGACCAGGCAGCCCCUCCCACCUCCGCUAUAAGAAGCAAGGGGCUGCUCCCCACGUGGCAUUUGUGUCUCCGUCCUCCCAAACUUCUUUUUCCUGAACAAAAGAUGAAAUGAUGGCAUGAGGAAAGCAUCCACGAACCAGCUUGGAUUUCUAACCCAGGGCUGGUUCUAGUAAGAGAAUUAGGGAACAAGAAAGGUCAUUCACUUAGCAAACUAAAAAAGCUGUAAGUUUUCACUUCUUUUACUGUUUAAUAUUAGCCCGUAAUUUAAGAAAGCACACAGCUCACUUAAGCAACCUCCUCCUGUUCCAUCUUGUUGAAGAAUACAAUUCGUUUUCUACUCCUCUAGGGUGAUAUCAUUUUACAUGAAGAAAAAAGUUCUCUCGGAUGGCAGUUAUACGUUUCGGAAGCACCUUCUAAUCAGGGAUGGGUGAUUCAUUAUUAGCUUCAGCAGGCGAUCCAUCUGACAUGUAAGGGGAAAAAAUUAGCAGCUGUCACGGCAUGAUGAGUUAAUUUCCUGAUGGGCCUGACACCGAAAAGCCAUUUGGAGACAUGGCGAAGGCUGACAAGAAAACCUGGCGCUGCUUUAUAAUUGGAGAUAAAGAAAGGGCAGAGAAACAGGCCGCGGAGGGCCCCCAGGUCUGCAGGCUGGGGUGCGUCUGUGAGCUCUGCGUGGUCGUGGCCGUAGCCUGAGGCCAUGGCCCUGGCUGGCUGUGUCCAGGUCCAGGGUGGUCGCUGCUGCUCCCUCUGGGAUGGGAGUGGCCCGGGGCCUGGCAUUCUCCCUGAGAGGCAGAGCAUGCCUGCUGGCCUCCUUUCCAUGGUCACCUUGGCGAUUUUCAUGACUGGAACUCAGGAUUCCCAUAGUGAGAUGAUUUUUCAUCACCACGAGAAAGCAACCCAUUAAAUAAAUACCGUGGAAACACAGGCAGGUGGGAGGGGUGGGCCUGGGGCAGCAGGCGAGAUUCCGUCUGGCUUCCCUUGCCCCCCGCCUUCAGCUGCACCUCCACAGGGCAUCCUUUGCAAACCCAACAAGAUGAAAAAAAAAACACUUUGUAAGAAAUAUCCUGAAGAUGGAAAUGAGAGAUCAGCAUUACGAAGCCAGCUUUGAAAUACCAGGCUGGACGUGCUGGUCUUCACUGGAUGAAGGAGGUAUCUGCUGAAGGCUUAGCAUACGGGCCUCUAGAAUCCGGGCCCCGUGUCUGGACCCUGAAACCCUCUGGUGAGAAAACAAAGGGACCCAGCCCAUUACAGGCCAGGACACGUCGAUGACUCUUGGCUUUCUUGGACUCUGGAUCUGUAAAAUCGACAAGGCAGAGGUGGGUCUUGAACCUCAUGCUUGAGGAGUAAGCAUGAGGGCAAGAACCUUCCACCCAAAUGCCUGCACCCUGCGCGCAGGACACGACUGCUUUUCUGUCAGCUGGACUCAAAGGAUGUCCCCCUAAAGAGCUCACCAGCCGGAGACAGAAGACAGCCGUGGUCACAAAGCCCAUUACCAGAAUUAAAUAAAUCCGUUCUAAAUCUCCCAGGCAAAGAAUCAUUUACUUCCUCCAUGGCCCUGCAUUUUCAAUACCUUUUAAUAAAUUCUUUUAAAAUGACCUAAUUUCAACAUGGCUUUCAACUUCAUAAAAAGACAAUUUAUAACCAGGAUAAACAUGAACCUAGGACCAGCCCUCAGUGGCAGUGCCAUUUCAGUCCUCUCCAGGAUCUCACGUUAUGCUUCAAAUAACUUUUCAAGUGGAAGAAUAAAAACCCAACACAAAGUCAAGGUUUGUUUUUUAAUUUCCAAAUUGAGCUCUGGUUGGAGCCCGAGCUUUCCGAGGCUGAUCUGGGCUCCUUGCCUGUCCCCCCGGCGUUGGGCCCUUCCUGUGCAGGAAGCCGUCGGGGAACCUCAGAAAGGAACCUCCCAGAGCAGGGCCACCUCUGUCCUCGCCUCCACGGCUCCACAGAGCCCCAGCACAUCUGCAGAGCUAUCAAGACUGAUCUGUAAAUAGAGCCAUAACCCACGCACACAUGCUUUCCCCAGGCUCGGCGCCCCUCUUUCACCUGUGCUCCUGCCGCAGUUGAAGGAGAUAGAAGACAUGUUGAUAUCAGAGUUGCAACGCACGGCCCAUGAGAGAGCAUGGUGCUCCUAACCUAUGCCUGGAAACGACGCUGCAAGUGACUUUUCUGGUAAAAGGGUCGGGACUCGCAGUGAUUGUCCAAGGCGCAGUCCCUCCCCCAUAUUCAGAGUGUCCUGGGAGACAGGCAGGGCUCUGGCCACGAGGCCACAUGUGGCCCACCUCCCCUGAUCCCCCUGCACGUCACAGGGCUCAGGUGCCUUUUCCUUUAUCUCUAAUUCCAGCUGUAAGCUCCCGCCCCUGCACGUAGCCUCUGCAUGUUCAUCUUCAGGCCCUGAGCUUCUAGUGCAGCUAGGCAGGCGCUCAGCAAAUUACUUUAAAUGGAUGGAUAAAUACAUGGAUUGUCAAUUCGUCAUCAGGUUUUCCUGUUUGCUUACUCACCUUCCUUUCUGUGGGUUUAGUCAUAAUGUUCUCAAAUAACAAAAGCCUUUGGCAGGAAUUGAAUCAGAUGAAUGCACCGUGAACAUACGUCUUUUGGCCACACUGGUUCAGAGCACAUCCCUCUACCUACUUCCACCUUUUUCCAGAACAUUCCUUGAUGAGCAGGGCCCUGAGACCAAACUUCAUGGCAGACGCUGGAUCUGAGUCACACUGUCUUGUCAUGUGAGGUCAGGUGACUUGCAGCUUCCACCAACAGGAAGAGACGAUGGAAGAGGAUUUCAUCUUCAUCCGCAGUCGUCAUCAUCUGAAGGGAAGCCUGCAAGUUCAUUCUGUUUCUAGUAACAUUUGUCUUUGCUUAUGUCCUGACUUCUUCCUCGCCCUGCAGACUUGGGCCGGUGCUGUUCAUGGCACAGUUAUUCCGUCCUCGACAUGCUGUGCAAAGAAGGCUGGUGUUUGGGGCAGUCUUGAAUAAUGGGGACUUUCUCUUCUCUAGAGAGAGCUCUGACUAUAGGCAGGAAAUGUCUCACGGGAGCCUGGUGAGCAGGGGUGCAGAGGGCCCCGGGCCGCAGGGCCUGCUGUGCACGCAGCAGCAUCUCGUGACAGGUCGUCUCCUGGUGCGCCCUGUGAAGAAGCGGGUCUGCCAGAAGCCAGAGAGGAGCACCGGAGGGGAAAGUAACACCCUGUCCAUCUACUCCAGAAGGCAUGCCCCUCGCCUCUCCACGCCUCUGCAACCGAGAUGCAGCGAGAGUGUCUCAGAUGUAACGAACACCAUAAAUCUGUGUGAAGCAAGUUCUGGGGGAAGGAGAAGUAUGGGGUCUCCCUUGGAAAGGACAACAAACGUGCUACAGAAUGGCGCCCAGCACUCCGAGGGGAUCCCAGCAGGCUGUGGACAGUGCUGAAUUUCCAGUUACUUCUUAAGGCCUAAAGAAGACGGCUCUGCAUGCUCCUGGCCUCCGAGGCAUUUGGAGUGGGGCAAAACACACGCUUUCUCAGUGAGAGGGACUCAAGAGGUCCCAGAGGUGCAAUCCUAAAAUGGACAGGCUGCUCUUGGAGAGAAGGCGCCCUCCAGGCCUGGAAGACUCUAGCAGAGGCUGGGGGGCUCGACAGAGACGCACAGUCUAGAAAGCCGUCUUCGCUGGGCCCCCCUGGCCUUGGGGCCUCCAGGGUGUUUUCUGCAGUUGUGGGGAGCGGAUCUGCUGACUGGGUCCUGAGUUGAGAACCGUGACUUCAUUCCAGGCCUUCGAUUUUAUGAAUAAGAGCUGGCCUCGAACGGCUGUGAUGUCAGAGGAGUCACCUGUGCAUCCUGAGGCUAGCGGGUCCUCUACAGAGUGGAGGCUGAGAAUAGACAGACCCUAGUAUUAACACCAGCUCUAAGCCCUUCGAUGAUAUGGACAAGUCUCAGCAAGCAUCUGUGAAUUGUUGAAGGAGAGUAUCAGAAAGACAACACGGUCUGGAUGUGGCAGUGAUGGCAAAGUGUCCCGAAAGAAGCUGAAAUCCAUACAAGGUGGGCUUCUGAGAGGUGUGUGGCAAGUCUUAGUUACAUUGAGGGCAGAACGUCUCCCAGGGCAGUGAGCGUGGACUGUAACCUGACUGAACACAUUCAGGAACCUGGGGAGAGAACGCCAGAGCCCGCGGGUGGCCGUGGGUGGACAGGGGAAGGAAGGCUCAGAGAAGCAGCUGCAGAUGCUCACAGCAGGGCUGUGCAGGCAGAGGCACAUGGCCGAGGCCCCCACACUGCGUGGAGAGGCUCCCAGCAGCCCAGUCCUCUGCCCCGGGGGUCCUAAGCCAGGUGGCCUGGCCCCAGGGAACAAGUGGCCAUGUCUGGAGACAGUCUGGGUUGCCACAACUAGAUGUGUGGUGGGUGGAGGCCAGGGCACUGCUGAGCCCUACAGUGCUCAGGAUGACACACACAGCCCCUGUGCACCAGAGCCCAGGGAGACCCGCCCCAGGUCCCUGUCCGCUAUGUGCCCUCCUCUGGGCUCGCCGUGUCACCGGGUGCCUCCAGUAAGAACACGUGGCU